CAGGAACUCGGAGCGCGUGUGCGAGAACAGACUGAUGCAGUGUUGAUGAGCGCUUCUUAUGUCACAGUCGGUCUCCGGAAAACAAGUAAUUUUAAAAAGUCAUAAAAAUGAUUCACGGAUACGUAUUGCUUGCUGUAAUAUGUGCCACUGCUGGUUUCAACAUAUUCACAACACCUGUCAGGCAUUUUCAAGAGAAAGGCGACAACCUGUUUGGACAAACGAUCAUUGAGUCUCAACUAGGGGUCUUGGUUGCCUCUCCCGUCCAAAUGGUGCAUUGCACAAUGGGACAAGAAAAAUGCACUAAAGUGAACACCAGAGCAAAUAAGAAAAAGGGGUUGAAACCAAUUGUAUCAGCAGCCAAAAAAACAGAUCAACAUCAGCACCUGGUCUGCCAACAGGUCAGGAAACAGAAGGGAAUUAAUGAAGAACUAAAUGGAAACUGUACCUUGCUCCAGUAUCUGCAGAAGACAGAGGAAAUUGCCCCUUCAUCGCUUGUUGUAGAAGAAAUGAAAGGAAAGAACAACAACAACAACAACAACAACAACAACCGCAGUCACAGAGACAAACUUAUCAAACUUGAUUUGGAUCAGCGAAUUCAUCGUCAGAGAAGAUACACCAAUAGCAACAACAACAACAACAACAACAAUGAUAAUGAGAAUGAAGAAGAUAAUGAGAAUGAAGAUGAUGCAGGGACGGAGAUUGCCUUUGUUCUGGAUGGUUCUGGGAGUAUUGACCCUCCAGAUUUUCAGAAGGCAAAGGAUUCCAUUAUUAACACAAUGAAAAAGGUUUGGGAAACCUGCUUCACUUGUAAUUUUGCAAUUGUACAAUACGGAAGAGAUAUAAGAACUGAACUUUCUCUACUGGAAAAUGAAAAUGGCACAAAAGCCAUUGAAAAGGUUAAAAGCAUAGAGCAGAUCAUGCAUUACACAAAAACAGCUUCAGCCAUCAACCAUGUCCUUGAGCAUGUUUUUGUUGCUGAGAAUGGAUCAAAGGAGGAAGCCAGGAAGAUCAUGAUCAUAAUCACGGAUGGAAGCAUAUUCCUUGACCAAAUGAACCUCACAGAUGUCCUGAACUCGCCAAAAAUGAAAAACAUUCUUCGCUUGGCUAUAGGGGUUGGAGAUGUUGUAAAUGAUACCAAGGCAAUUCCAGAGCUGAAGGAAAUUGCAUCAGAUCCUGAUGAAGAUAACCUAUUUAUGGUGGACGAUUAUUCUGGUUUGGAUGAAAAAUUAUCAAUAUUUGAAAAGACAAUUACCGGAAUUGAAGGUACCCAGCAGGGAGCUGGAUUCCAGUUUGAGCUGGCUGAGGCAGGAUUCAGCUCACACAUCGCACAUGAUGGGAACCUCCUUUUUGGUGCAGUGGGGGCAUACGACUGGAGCGGGGGACUGAUUUUGAGAAACCAGAACAACGGGAGUGUAACAUUUCUCAAUGACUCGUCCACAGGACCAAAGUUUUCCUAUUUAGGCUACAGUGUCACGUCUGCGCUGGGGCCGACUGAGACUCUGUACAUUUCGGGGGCCCCUCGCUAUAACCUCACAGGCUCUGUCCUCGUCUUCGACAGCAAGUCUCACAAGCUGACGCAGAUAUUGCGCGGAGAACAGGUGGGCUCUUACUUUGGGGCAGUGCUCUGUGUCUUGGACUUUAACCGGGAUGGCAAAACAGAUUACCUGUUGGUCGGAGCGCAGUAUUACCAUGUCAAUGGAGAAGAGGGCAAAGUGUACGUGCAUAAACUGAACCAGGGACGAUUUGAUACGGAGCCUACGGAGUGGAGGGGAGCGGAUGGGCACGUGUUCGCCAUGUUUGGAUCCGCCAUCGUGGAUAUUGGGGAUAUCGACGGGAACAGGUUCAACGACGUUGCUGUGGGCGCCCCUCUAGAGGAGGAUGAGGUAUCCGGUUCUUCCGGAAGCAUCUACAUAUACAACGGAUACGAGGGGGGAAUCCGGCCACGUUUUUCCCAGAGGGUUUCGGCGGUGGGCAUGGGGGUGAAGCUCCGCUUCUUCGGGCGAUCGGUCAGCAGGAUGCCGGCGUCACAGGGGGGCGAAGAGUACAUCAGCGUGGGCAGCGAAGGCACCGUCACCGUGCUGCGGGUCCUUCCAGUCAUUUUAUUCAAACCGAAAAUGACAGUAGCUCCCCCCUCCCUUCCCUUCAUGGACACAGAGAAGAACAAACCUGUCAGUCUAAAAAUCUGCUUCAAUACGAUGAGAGGGGACAUAAAGGUGGGUAAACUGCGCAUUUCGUACCAACUGGAUCUGGACGCCGCUCAAGCCACAAAGCGUCUGUCUUUCGCUAGCGGGGUGCCCAAGACGGACGUCUUCGGCUUGACUCCGGUUAAGGAAUGCCUAAACAUCGACCUGAAAUACAUGGCUGGCCAUGACCGUUUCACACCCAUCAAAAUCAAACUGAACUUCUCUCUGAUCAACGCUUCUGCCGGCCACCCUCUGCGCAUUCUGGAUAAGUUCAGUCCCACAGUAUUCACCACCGAGCUGCCAUUCCAGAGGGACUGUAAACAAUGCAUUGCUGAAGUCUCACUGUCUGAGUCAAGGCUGAGCACAAGCAUGAUUGUAGUUGGACACACUCAGAACUUGAAUAUAGCCUUCAACCUCACCAACAAGAGGGAUGCAUCCCCCAUGACAACACUGAUCCUGACAUACCCAAAUAUUCUCCUUUAUGACAAGGUGCAGCCGGCUGACAGUUUGAUAGCCUGCCGGGGUGAAGACCGCCACACGGAGGGAGAACGCUCGCGGCUCAACUGUCACAUCAUGCAUCCAGUCCUGAGGAGCGGCGCCCAGGUUAGCUUCGCCAUUUCCUGGCAGCUUGUGGCCAAGAAAACGGACCUAAGGACCGCCCUCAUUCUCGCCAAUUUAACAGGUGCGAAUAACGGAGGUGAAGUCCUGGAUACUAAAAGCUAUGAAUCCGUGGUAAAGAAUGCCCUGAAAGUCCAGCUUACGGGGAAGCCUAAACCACAGUUACUGAUCAUGAACAUUGAAGGAAAAACAGAGAAAGAAGCUCUUACAUUUAGGUUUGAGAUUUACGGCGAGAACAAAUACAACGCUUCACUUUUUGUAAAUAUAAGAAUAGUUCUAUUAGCACGGCAUACUGAACUGGACAUCACAGAAAUACCAAAGGGAAAAUGUCAUUUCCUCGAAGGCGGUUUGAAAACAGCGCAGGAGUCUUAUCUGAUCCGCUGUGCUGUGGGAGAGCUGCAGGACACCAUCAUCAUCAAAGCUACGGCCUUCAUCAGGGAUGUUGAGGGCAGCUCGGACAUGAUCACAGCGAACGCGACGUUGGAGUUUGACGGAGAGCAGUUCCGGAUCGUCCAGGAGGGCAGCCUGAGUGAGCAGGUCCAGAUAAAAAUUAUUAAGCCCGAGACCAAGAGGUCAACUGGUAAAAUUGUAGGUGGUUCCAUCGGUGGAUUCGUGCUCCUGGCGAUAAUCAUCGCCAUCUUAGUAAAGUGUGGUUUUUUCCGGAGCCGUUACGCAGUGGAUCAAGUGGAGGGCACAGACUGACUUUGUUUACUCUGGGCUUCCAACUGAACCAAAGAUUGAAAGCACACCGUUGCUGUUGUGUAAAGUAUUCAGGAUUAAUCAGCUGAAGGAAAAAAUAUACCUUUUUUUUCUUUUUUAAUUGUUUGCUUUUGUGCUUGGUGCUUUUUUGUUCUUUCUUGGCUUUCCUAUUUGCCUUUCAUUUUAAUGCCAGCUAUUUACGGAAUUUUGGAAGUAUAUAUAUAUAUAUAUAUAUAUAUAUAUAUAUAUAUUAUUAUUAUUUUUUUUUUUUUAUUAGUAUAUUCAUUGCAAAUGAUUUGGUUAUGACUGUUGAAUGUUUUUGUUGUCAUUUUGCUGUACUGUGUCAAAGGAAAGUAUGAAAUGAAAUGUGAAUAUUAAAAAAGGACAGGCCCACAUUCAAACUAACCAGCCUGGCCUUUUAGCGAGGGUUGACCGCUGAGUGAAGCUAACAGGCUUUUUUGCACCAAAGGCUGUACAGGUGGAAGUAUAUGACCAUGGCCCUGAACUACUUUCACUCGCCC